AUGUCCACGAAAUUAAGGUAGUAUCCUUAAGUCGUGUAUAAAUUAAUUUAAAUUAAAUGCCAUAGGUACUCAUAAUAAAGAGGGAAAAAAGUCUGAAAAGCGCAUUCAAUUAUCCAAUUAUUCUUAAUUCGAUAAAAAGAAUUUGAAUGAAAAUGCUAUAUUAGGUAAAUUAGUUACUUUUGUAGGAGAAUAUACUAAUGGAAAAAAGUUAGGAAUCAAAGAAGGAAAAAAUAACAAAGUAAAUUUUACAAUAAAUUUAUGAGUGGAGGUAGUUUAUACAAUCAUAUGGGUUAUAAAAAUGGAAAAUGGAAUGAAUUGGGCAGCUUUAACGUGUAUUGCAAUAUAUAAUCAUAAAAGACCAUUUUUUGUCAUUUAAAUAGGAGAAUAUUAAAAAGGAAUUAAAUAAGGUAGAUUGGAAAUGUUAUUAAACAAAAACUAAUGUUUUGAAAUAGUGUUCAUAAUAAUUUUUCACUUAAAUAUUUAGUGGUGGAGAUAUUUAUGAUACUAAAGGGAUGAAAAAUGGAAAAUGAA